UUUUAGAAAUUGUUCUAUUUGUUAAUAAUGGAAGAAAAAGACGCGCAAAAGUAUUACUGCAUAAAUUGCGGAAACGCUGUGAAUAAUUUGUAUAAAAAAUAUAGCGAGACUGUGUUAAAAUUAACAGAAUGUGACAAUUGUAAAUGUAUAGCUGAUAAAUACGUUGAGUAUGAUAUAGUUUUAAUAACAGUGGAUAUUAUUCUAUUGAGAAUUACUGCUUAUAGACAUAUUUUACAUAACUUUAAAUUUGAGAAAUAUUGGAGACUGUUUUUAUUUAUUGUGCUUGUGGAAUCAUAUUCAGAGUGGAUAUUUUUGUAUGAUGACAAUAAUAAAUCAAAAAUUGUAGAAAUUUUAACCGAGGAAUAUUUAAACAAUUUUGACAUUUACUUGGAUGAUUUAAUGUUUUAUAAAAUAACUAUAGUCACAUUAUUAAAGUCUCUAUUGUUAAUAUGUUUUGUAUAUUUAUUAAGUAAGAUAUAUGGAUUUUAUGCCCAAAAAACUAUAACUUUUGUACUAAUUGCUAAAACAAUUACUCUAUCAAGUGUGGGAAUAUUUUUGUUAUUGCCUGCUUUAAUAUGGGAUUUUAAGGUUAAGGAAAUCAACACACAAUUUGUCUCAUUGUAUGUGACAUUAACAAAGUUAAUUUCUUAUACAGCUGCAUGUAAUUGCCCAAAAUACUGGAGCACUUUUGUUAUGCUGGUGGCAGUUCUUGGACAAAAAAUAAUCAAUGAAUACUGCAAUACAUCUAAUAUUAUAUAGAAUAGGAGGAAUUAAAAAAAAAAUUUGCAUGAUUUUAAGAUACCACCACCAUCCUUUGUUUUUCCUAUGGCCGCCAUAUCGGAAUUUUACAUGGAUGGAUAGAAAAAAAUCAUGGAACCCAAUGGUGUAUCAAACUAGUAGUAGUAGCCAUUAUAAAAACAAAUUACUUAACU